AUCGCCGGUCCGCUGUGUCCGAGGGAAGAGACGAAGAGACGAAGAUGUCGGCUCGGUCAUGUGAUCAGCUGUGUCCAAUCACAGCUGAUCACAUGGGACAUGUACACUGAUCAUCAGGGCACCGAUGAUCAGUGUGCCCUGAUGAUCAGUGUGGCCCCAGCAGUGCCACCUGUCAGUGCUCAUCAGUGCCAGUGCCCAUCAGUGCCACGUGCCAGUGCCCAUCAGUGCCACAUAUCAGUGCAUACCAGUGCACAUCAAUGCCACAUAUCAGUGCCCAUCUGAGCUGCCUUUCAAUGUCACCCAUCAGUGCCAGUCAGUGCCACCUAUCAAUGCCAAUCAGUGCCACCUAUCAGUGCUGCCAAUCAGUG